AUGAAGCCUGGAUACAACCUAGACAGCCUUCCGGGUACUUUGCCUGCCCGGCUGGUCCCAAACGACUCUGAUAUGGAAAUGCUCGAGGAGUUGGCCCAAAAGAUACUAGAAGAUGGAAAUCUCGACCCAAACACCCUGCAGGGUACGGCCCUUUGGAGGGAUCAUCUUGCACUGACGGGACAGAUUCGAACCUUUGACGGGGAUAAGAAGAUUGUGGAAGCAUGGAACAAUCAAGCUGAGUCAUUGUCGCCGUCCAACUUCAAGACCAAACCAGCGUAUAUCGCCAAACCUGUGCCGGGCAGCUCUUGGAUCGAAGUGCCAUUCACAUUUACGACUCACCCAAACAACGGACUAUUGGGAAACUGCACUGGUGCCGCCUCUUUCAUUCUGGACGAGGACGGGAACUGGAAAAUCUGGAUGCUGGUGACCCUUCUGGACAAUUUCGAAGGCCAUGGACACCCAGAUAUUCCACUCUUGACUGACAACUCAGUCAAUGUGAGUGGUAAUUCUGUCACCAACGGCGUGGAGUCCAACAAGGACAUGAACACCGAUGGUCAGUGCAUCCUCCAUGUUGUUGUCAUCGGAGCCGGGCAGUGUGGUUUGUCCAUGGCCGGUCGCGUCGGCGCGCUGGGUCUGAGUUAUGUGCUUCUUGAAAAACGCCCCUCGAUAGGACACAACUGGAUCGGGAGAUACGAGUCUGUGAGGCAGCACACGGUUCGCGAGUAUAACAACCUGCCCUUCGAGCGCACCUGGAACCCUACCGAUCCGUUGUUGCUUCCCGGGAAAAUCGUGGCAGAAGGGUUCGAGAAUUAUGUCAACAAGUACAACAUCAACCUUUGGACGAAUGCAGAGACCACAGGAGCAAAGUGGGUGGAAAAUGACCGGGUAUGGAAGUUGGAUGUGACGGUCAAAGGGCAAGAAAAACGCACAAUCGUCUGUCGACAUCUCGUUGUCUCGGUUGGUGCCGGCAUGAGUGUCGACAAGGAUCCAAACAUCCCAGGAACCGAGCAUUACCAAGGCAUUCUCUUGCAUUCAGGAUCAUAUAAACAUAGUCGGGAGUGGAUAGCAAAGAACGGCAUUGUGAUUGGGUCUGGCACAAUGGCGCAUGAUAUCGCCGAGGACAUGUACAGAGCGGGCUUGCGAUCUGUCUAUAUGAUUCAGCGUAACAGGACUUGCGUUUAUCCGAUAGAGUGGGUGAUAAAGGGCCAAUCUGGUCUCUACAACCUCGAAAUUCCAACGGCCGAUGCAGAUAUUAUGUCGGCAGGACGGCCUAAUAAGAUUUCACGCGACAUUGUCAAAAUCCAAUAUGACAUGGCCACAGAAGCCGAAUCUGAACGUUUCGAUGCUCUCGAGCAGGCCGGGUUCCGUGCCGAUCGUACAACACCAUUGAUGGACAACAUCAUGAUGCGGUACGGCGGUUACUAUAUUGACAUUGGGGCAUCCGCGCACAUUGUCAGAGGCGAGAUCAAAGUAAAAUCAGGCGUUCCAAUCACGACAUUCACACCGGAAGGUCUACACUUCCAGGAUGGGAGUGAGCUCAAGGCCGAUGUGGUAGUCAUUGCUACCGGACAGGAUCAUGACUAUCGUAAUCAGGUUGGAAAUAUCGUUGGUAAAGACUUCGCCUCGAAGCUGGGCGAGUUCUGGGGACUGGACGAAGAAGGAGAAAUACGCAAUGUGAUGAAACCAGCCGCUCCUGGAUUGUGGAUGUUUGGAGGUACCGCACCUCAGGCACGCUGGUGGUCUCGAUUCGUUGCCCUGGCCAUUCAGUCCGACAAAUUGGGCAAACCGCUUCAAUGUAUUCAGCUAGCCGGGUAG